AUGGAACAAUUUAUUGGAAAGUUUAUUUCUCUUCAUUGUAAUGACCCGCUUGGAGUUUUUCAGGGGCAAAUAGUUCACAUAGAUCCUACCGAUCAAAAAAUUACUUUAGAAAAAGCAUUUCAAAAUGGCUAUCCAUAUCAUUCCAGACAAGUUAUUUUAAGUGCUAAAGAUAUAAAUGAUUUAGAAAUUAUUGAAGCUAGUAAUGAUCCGUCAUUUUCAGCAUCUGUCAGUAUUAAAAAACCCAUCCCUAAAAGACCUGGAUAUUCAUUAUCAGAUAAACAAGUUCCUAGCAGAGAAAAUUUUUUCAAAGACUCACCGAAAAAGGUUUUGGAUGCUUGCAGCAAAUUAAAUUCAUUUAGCGAAUCAAUAAGAAAUCUUAGUAAAAGAGAUAAACAAAGGCAAAGAUGGAUGAUGAAAGAUGAAGAAGCAUUCGGUUCACCUGUUGAUCAUCACAUGCCAGCUGAUUUUGAUUUUGAAAAAAAUUUAGCUUUGUUUAAUAAAAAAGCAUUUUAUGAAGAAAUCAAUGCAUCUAAACCUGAUGUCGUACGUAAUGCUGAUAAAAAAGGAGCUAGGUAUAGGUGCGAUGAAAAUAUCCUAAAUUCGAAAUCUGUGAAUAAACGAAUUAUAGUUCCUCUAAAAGACUCCAUUGAAUAUGUAACAGAUUCUGGCUUAAUAGUUCCUAGCUUACCACCAGAGCUUAGAAAGAAAUUAUUAGCACUCGCUGAAAGAUUUGGUUUAUCAUUUGAAAGACAGUCGGAAAUUAUCGGGAGAGCUUGUACCGAAAUGGCUUUAUUAUUAGUCGGAGGAGCCAGGCGUUUGAAUCCCCAAAAUCAACAUCAGUGUCCGAAUAUUGCAGUGCUUUGUGGAUCUCAUCGCACUGGUUCACAGGGUGUAAAUUGUGCUAGACAAUUAGCUAGUCAAGGUGUGAAAACUAUAGUUUAUAUUCAAGAUCCAGUAGAUCUUACAACGGAAAUGACACAUGAAUUAGGCUUAUAUAGGAUGACAUCUAAUAAAGUAACUACAAAUCUUCAAGAUUUAGCUUCAACAUCUGUAGAUCUUAUUAUUUUGGCAUUAUUAGAUUCAAAAUCAACAACUGAAAAUAUAAUUACACCUGCUGCAAGUUGGGCCAAUAAUAACAGAGCUCAAGUUCUUGCAAUCGACCCACCAAAACAUGGUACUCCAGGUGUUACCGCGAAAUAUUCCCUCGUUCCGGCAUUGCCUCUUGCUUAUGACGCGUGUAAUGGAAAAAUAUAUCUUUGUAAUAUUAAUAUACCUCUUCAGGUAUUCACGGAUGUAGGUUUUACUGAAUAUGCUUCACCAUUCGGACCGAAAUUCUUCAUGGUUUUACACCCUAAUGAUUCUCUCGUAUCGUAA